AAUGCCAUUGGCCAGAGAUUUUUUACAUCCCAGUCCCAUCGAGGAGAAAAGGAAACACAAGCUGAAGAGGCUUGUGCAGAAGCCCAAUAGUUAUUUUAUGGAUGUCAAAUGUCCGGGCUGUUAUGCCAUCAAAACUAUAUUUUCCCAUGCCCAAAGGCCAGUAGAAUGUGACGGAUGCCGUACGAUACUUUGCACACCGACGGGUGGAAAAGCAAGACUAACGGAAGGAUGCUCUUUUAGAAGAAAAGUCCAAUGUUAAUUUUACGUGAUGUAUUUAAUGCUUCUCUUUAUAUUCGAUAAAUAAAUACCAUCACAUUAUAACA